AAAAAAAAAAAAAAAAAAAAGAGAAGAGAGAGACACUGAAAAAAGAAAAACAGGAUGCUUCUUUUGUUUCAACGCUAUUCCAGGGACCUGAACCUCUCCACCUGCCUGUGAAUUGGCCACCUAAAGGUUAGCAAGUGUUUCGUUCUCGUUUUAUGUGGGCAGAUAAUUAAAUUCGAGAUGGUAAGGCAGAAAUUUUAAAGUUCUAAUUUUUUUAAUGUGAUGGUUCUUUCACUUAGCAACGAGAAAGAUUUUUUCCUAAAACACAAAGCAUUUCAGUUCUGGCCCCACUUCAGCUUUUAAGAGGGCUUUAAUUGGUAUUUUUUCAUCAUUUAGUCCAACCUCCUAAACUUUAAAAGAUGUAUUAGGGUUAUUAUUUUUCUGUUAGAACAACCUGUUGAUUGCAGUCUGCUGGCUGGAGGUUGUUAACUCUUUCCUAACGUGGGAAAUGCACAGGAGCAAAUUUGAUGAAAGGAUGAAACAAUCAAAAUCCUUGGAGGUUUUUAAACACUAAAAAUCUUACUUUUUUCCUCAUUGUGAAGCCACCGACAGUGUUACAAAACCAACAGAUGUUUUAGAUAUGUUUCUUUUUAGAAAUAAGUGGUGCAAAUGUAAAAUAAAGACAUAUAAUAAACUAGAAAGCUUUUCUUAUGACUAGAGCUGAGAAAAGUAGUUGGAUAAGAAGUAGAAUAGGAAAUAUUCUCUGAUAUAAAUUGCAUGAAGAGAUCAAAAAAGCCAAUGCAAUGUUUACUUCCACACUAAAAUAUAUUUUAGGUUACAAUGUUCUUACUGAUUUAAGCCUUUUGAAUGUUUUCAUUUAUGGACAUUCAAGAAAAGGAGGAUAAAAAAGUAUAGAAAACUGUAUAAUAAUGUUCAAACCAGUUGUUAUUUUAGGAUGAAGAGAAGUUAUUACAGAUCCUAUUCUUCUUAAAAGGUUUUAAUAUUGUAUUCUGGUACAGUGUUUACAAAAAUAAUAGUUAAAAAAACCCUGCCAGUUUUGCUGAUAUUACACAACUGUGGAAGUUUGGUGUCAAAAAUAUUUGUCCUCAGGUUAUGGUACAAGAAUUUCAAAGUUCAGGCAGCAGGUUUUAUAGUUGCUUUAUACUUUUAUAACACGGGAGGCAAAACUUCAGAACAAUGAACUUCUUACUAACCAGUAAGAUUUCCCAAAGUCAGAAUUUGAAAUGUGACCACUGAAAGACUAUAAAGGUUUGAGAAGAUGAGGGAAUUACACAUUUCCAGCCCAAUUCUGCAGGGAACUGAGGCUCCCAACUUUGUUCAAAGGUCCCAGCAGGCUGCAGGUGGAACUGGCAGUGCUGUGAGAUCAGACACAUCCCAUAAGAACAAGUGAAAAGGUGAAGUCAGUACUUCUGUUAUGAGACAUUUCAAGAUAUGAAGUCAAACUGAGAAAAGAGCAAGGGCAGAAACAGGUUUUAAAUAAAACAAGAUGAACGGUGAUUUCUGGGCUAAUCAGGAAAGGUAUCGGUUCCAUUUGGCUUGUUUGAACUGAGAACUAGAAAGUGCCAGAAUUGGGAUACACUCACAAACACUCUGUUUCCAUCAGAGAAGGGGUGCUUAAAGUACCUGCACAACAUUUAUUUCAGACCCUGUGGUUCACUAUUACGUUAUGAUACUAAUAUUUAAGUAGAAGUUUUGUCUAGUCAGUCAAGAGAGUUCACAAACACUGUCACGUUGUGCCAGCCGGCAGUGGGGGGAAUGCAAAUCCCAGUGUCUGUGUCUUCUGCUGACAGAAAGAUACUGUGUGCUGGUCUCAGCAUCACUGUCCUCAGAAGAAAAAUGAGUAAUUAACAAUCCUAAAAGAUGCUUUAGUUUCAGUUUGAAAAGUUCUUUAAAACACGUAGGAUCUUCGAAAUCUUAUUCUCUCAUUAGCACAGGAAGCUGCUUGUUGCUGCUUUCACUUGAUCACCCCUCUGACAGAACUCUGUACCUUUGCAGGGAUUGGAACACCUGGGACAGUGCCUUUUUCACAGAUACCUGGGACCCAGAAAUGCAUAACAAUGGGAUGUGGGUUUAUCUCCCCAAGUCCUGCUUAGGACAUGAAAUGAGAGCAAAGUGUAGCCCCACAUAGUCCCUCCUGGGCAGUACCUGGCCGUGGCUGAUCUUUAUACACAGUCAAAAUAGAUGUUUUGCUGUACACUGAGACAACUGAGAAGUUUCUCUGAGCAGGACAGUGUUUUGAACUUAAAUGAGUAUAAGUAAUCUUGCACAGAGAUUCCAUCUUAGGAAGUGACACACAAAAAUAGAUCGAUUAAGAAUUUAACUUCAUUCCAAACAUAGUUAAUGCAGUGUAAUACUGGUCCUCUGUAUUAUGUGCACAGGUCAAAUUCCUUCUAGCCAUUAGAGCAACCUGUUCAUCCAUAUAAAUGGGAAGAAUCACAGGAUGCUGUGGAGCCAGCCUGAUUCCAGAGUCAUUUAUUCAAGAUUUAGAGAUUUUAGAUCAAGCUUCAAAAGGUUCUGCUAAGCCCUGAAACCUGUGUGAUAGUGGCAAAUAUCCACACAGGCACUUGCUUCAGUUGUAACUUGCUUUAAUUGAUUAUUGCCUCUUCAAGCAUCUCAGGAUAAGAAGUUUGCAGCUUUAGCAUGCAGAAUGUUACUGAGUGGCCUAAAUAAUGAAUUUUGAAAGCUUACACAUGUUUUCAAUUUGUUCCUAGUUCCAGCAUACUUCUGGAAUAAUUAGUACUGUUUAAAACAAGUCUCCCUUUUAAGUAAAUUCAUCUUAACUUAAUAAUAGUCAGUCUCAAAGUGGAUUAAAUUAUAAUGGGCUGCAGAUAUGUGAUCGAACUGAAGAGAAACUAAUUUUGACUGGUUAUGUAAAAUGCCCAGAAUCAUCUGUUUGUCUGAUUUGAUUCAUGCCAGUGUUCUAUUAUAAGAUGUGCAUCUUUUUCCCCGUUGGUUUGUUGACUGUAGCAUGCAGUAAUCCUCCAGAAGAUCUCACUCAGAGGUGAGAACACAUUCCUUUAGGAAAGUAUCUCCCAGCAGAGCUGAAACUAGUUGCUGCAUGUAGUUCUCUCCAUCUGGACAGACAGUCUGUAGAGCAGAAGCAUGAGUCAUUGUAAAACAGUUCAGAAUGUCAAGUAUUUUCUAGAUUCACUGAUUUUAAGCAUUUGCAGUGCCAUUACCAAUUACUGGGAGCAUUUCAGGCUAUGGUAGAAACAAGAAGGAUUUUGAGCAACAAUACCAGGCCUUGUUAAGAGCUUUUCUGCCCCCUGAAUAACUAGAUGAUAGGCAAGAAAGAUAGGAAGAACAAGACAGAAAUAUUUCUCCACCUCCAAAACUAGAGGCCUACUAAAUCAGGGCUCCAGAAACAAAUGGAAAGCAAUCCAAACAACAGGAAAAACUCUCCAGGAUCAAUAAAGCUGUGUGGAAUGAAAAUCCACUGGGGCCUCCAGCAUUAGUCUCUCACCAGAAUUAAUAAAAGAAAGAGCUUGCACUGAAGUGGAUACUGGACAAUCAGAACUUUACAGUUUCAUCACUAUCCAGCUUACAAGGGACAGGCUGCAGUGUCUGAACUGGGCAGAUGCUCAUUGCAGGAAGAUUAAAAGCUGCGUCUUCCAAAAUAUGAUGUUCUUAAGGAAAUUUUACAGGCUGGAUAUACCAAUUUGGUAACAUUAUUGAGAAUUUAUAUUCCACUUUGGGAUUCACUCAGUCUCACAGCAGUGGAGGGCGCAGCCAUCCCAGUCCAUAAUUUAAAUGAGUGUUUGGAUGAAGAAGAGCUGCCCCUUCCCAGGACCCCUCAGUGCUGCUGAACUGUGUUACCUGAGGACUCUUCAUGAACUCAACCCACAAACAAAAUCUAAUCUUUUAAAAUGAUCUUUUCACUGCUGUUGACUGUCCCCUAUCCUGUUUUCCCUGCAGUUUCCACAAAUUUAGGGAGGUUUGUUGAGCAUGAGCUAAACACUUCUAACAUUCCUGAGGCACUUUCCCACCUCCUUACAAGCAAAUCACCUUUAGGGGUAUAAAGAAAAAAGCCUACCAUUGUGUCAGUGUAUUUCAUGGAAUGGUACAACUGAAUGCAGUGCACAAAAUCCCCAUUUUGUGAAGAUUCUGUGUAGAGGUUCCUACAUAGAGAGUGAUAAAGGAUAUGGAGAGAUUGAAAUGUCACUUCAUUUUCUCCUGUUUCAGCUCUUCCUGUUUUCUGAAGGUUGUCACUGUGACACCAGUGUAGAAAAAAAAAAGAAAACCACCCAACUUCCUACUUCUAAUCUGUUUCAAGUCUUUGUCCUCGUUUCUCUCUGCUUGCAUCAAGUAUUGACAGAAAUGAGGCUUUUUUGCUGACAUGCCUGGCUCAGUCAAAGGUACCUGAGCACGUGGCAGAGAGCCCUUGGCAUGGAGGCACAGAAGGCACAGAAGGCACCUGGUUUCACAGCUGCACCCCCAGAUCGCCCCGUUCCAGCCUCCUCUCUGCAGCCCUCGCAGGGCUCCUCAGAUCCCGGCCAGGGCACUGGGCUUCCCCGGGAACCGGCGCUGUCCCAGCCCGUGUACCUCAAAGCCCUCACCAUCCCGCUGUACCAGCCUGUCCAGGCAGGAUGCUUCCAGCCACACGGGCAGUUAGUGACCGCCAGGAGCUGUGUCCAUCUCGACAGCACCAACAUUCCCCUCAUCCUCAACCCACUCGUCCCUCCGGAAAGCCCAGAUCGGCCUCAGUCAGUUUUUCAGAAACAACUUGGGCAAAGUCUAACAUUGAGCAUAGUCAGCACUUUACCAGUUUUAUCAUCACCGAGUUCUUGUGUAAAUGCAUCUACUGGAAGCCCAGGAAAAUCCAAAAAAGCUGGGAAAUAUAUCUGCAAACACUGUGGACGAGAUUGUCUGAAGCCAAGUGUCCUUGAGAAGCACAUUCGCUCCCACACAGGAGAGAGGCCCUUUCCGUGCACCACCUGUGGCAUUGCAUUUAAAACUCAGAGCAACUUGUAUAAACACAGGAGAACUCAAACACACGUCAACAACACCAGACUGCCCUCAGACUCUGACACCAGUGGGGCAUCAGAGCAAAACGGGAGAUCAGCAGAGAGCACAACCUCAGCCCAAGGCAGCGAACCACUGAGCAGCACCGGUGAGGACAAGGGGAUACAGAUGAAACAACCAAGUUCAGAGACCAGUGCUGGACCAGACACUAAAAAACUUCACGAGCUUUCACUGCCAGCAACAAGCACUUCACCAGUUUUUUCAGAAAAUCAAGAAAGAACGAAUCAAUCCUUCAGUUCAAAGGCUAAUCAAGGGGUUCCUGAAAGAGAGCCUCGCAGUUUAUCAUCUCCAGGAGCUUUGCCAAAUGGUCCGUGUCAGAGGAAGAAGAUGCAGGAACAAAGAACUCCAACUGCCAACAAGCAUAUUCAGCUGCAAAGGCAGCAAGCAACCUCUUCGGAGAAGCAGUGGGAUUACAAGCCAUUGGACUGCAAGCUGAAGAAGUGUGAGAGCACUGACUCGGGGUAUCUGUCCCGCUCUGACAGCACAGAACAACAGAUGGCAUCACCCAGCCCCUUGCACAGCCUCUGUGAGCACAGCACGGAGCUGGAAAGCGAAACUGCCUUCAGCAGCCCCAGGUGUGCCUCCGGAAGCAGUGCAAAGCCAGAGGCAGCCGAGAAAGCUGCAGUCUCCAUGCUAGAGAAAAAGAGGCUGGAAGAACACAUUUCAAAACUUAUUUCUCAUAACAAAAGUGUGGUGGAUGAUACCCAGUUAGACAAUGUCAGGCCCAGGAAAACUGUCCUUUCCAAACAGGGAAGCAUUGACCUGCCAAUGCCUUACACAUACAAAGACUCUUUCCAUUUUGAUAUCAGAACUUGUGAUGUAAAUAGGAAAAAGAAUCUUGCCCUUUGUUCAGCAAAGUCUACCUUUGCACCCCUGGAGAAAUGCAAGCCAAUGUUUUUCCAUUCAGUUCCCACCCAGUUCUCCACGACCAUUGACACUGUGCCUGUUACUCGGAGCAACUCCUUGCCGUUCGUGGAGGGAGCAAGGAUGGCACAGGACAAACCAGGUUGCUCAAAACCACUUUCUCUUACUAAGCAGUCUGUAAACACAGGCACUGCUGGUUUGCUGCCUAGCAACAAUCUUGCUGCAAAUUCAGUGGAUUUCCCUAAUAGCCAUCCCCGAGCUCUAGUCAGACAAACAGCCGUGGAUGAUUUGCCGCUAAGUAAUGUGGUUGAUCAUCCUCCUCCUUCAGAGGAGUUGCAAGGCAGUAAAAAGCUUGGGGCUGGAGAAGUAAUCAGUGCUAAAAAUAAGAAACACAAUCAAAGGAAGUUAAAGAUGUUCUCUCAAGAAAAAUGGCAAAUGUAUGGAGAUGAAACAUUUAAGAAAAUCUACCAAAAAAUGAAAAGCAGUCAAAACGCCAAGAAAAUGAAACAAAGGGGGGAUAAGAUUACAGGUAUUACAAGCUUCACUCCUGACUCAAAGGAAUCAGCCAGCAGCACUGAAAUUAUUGAGGAAAGAGAUGGCAGGAGCUCUGUAAGUGACAGUCAUUCCUCCCUUGUGACAGCAGCUUCAAACACGGGUAAAUCAGGAACCUGUACUGAUGGUAAUCAUGUUCUGCAGAAUGUGUCCUCUGAGGAAACUGCAGACAGUGUGUCCUACCUAAUGGAGACAUCGCAUUCCACAAAUGCCUGUGCAUGGACUGUAAGGAGCAAAACUUCCCAAGACCCCAGUGGCAGGGACAGAGAGAAGUGCACAGCUCUCAGCAGCACAGGGCGAGCUCCAAGCAGUUGUGAGCUCAGGUUUCAAAAUCUUGAGUGGCAGCCCAGCUGUCACAGAAGAAAUGAUGACUCCUUGCCAGUACAGAGUAGCAAGUGGGAAAACCCAAGCCCUGGGAAAGAAUCCAGUGCAUUUGAAUUAGAUUCUAAAAGCACCCCAGACAAUUAUGGAGGCCAUCGCAGGACUAAGGAGACUGGCCAACAAGGCCUGUGGGUCCAUUGCAACAGCAGAGAGACUGCAGGGAAAUCCCAGAAUUUACCAUCAGAAAGAAAAAAGCUGAAAUUUGAAGUGGAGAAGACAACACAAAAUAUGAUUUCAAUGUCCUGCCCUAGUCCUGGUAGCGAAAGUAGUGCAGUAAGUGAAGCAGAGAGAGCCCAUUGCUCUGGCACUCCCUGUCUUUCCACAGCUCCAGUGACAUUCUCCAGUAAAGCACAAGAGCAAAAAUUGGGCACAGGAAUUAAUGAAUCCACUGGAGGUACUGAGAAUGUGGAAUAUAGGAAAACAAUCAAACUCCCCACAAAAGCCCUCAAUUACAGUGAUGUUGACCUCCUUUCAAAUUCAACUGGUAUCUCAAAAGCUUCACUGGUGGGAUUUUUAGGGCCUGAAUUAAGGGGAAGUGAUUGCAACUCUUUUGCCUUGCACAAUGCAACACAUAAAGACGACAAAACAUGUCUUGUGAAAAUAGAAGCAAAAGUACCACUUUUCAAUGACAAUGUUGUGGAUGUAUCUUCUAAAAUUCAUCAUCUGCAAUCUGGUCAUUCAACUCCAGCCCCACAACAAAAUGCCUUUUCUCCAAAAUAUAUCCUUAAAUUGCCACAGGCCAAGAGAGCCUCAAAUUUGUCACUUUUGCCUAGAUCUGAACAGGUUACACCUUGCACAUCUGAGACAAACACCCUAACCACCCCUUCCUGCUCUUCCAGCAGUGGAUCCCUCCAUUCUCAUCCCAGUGAUGUGGUUUGGUCCCCUUUACAAUUUGAAGUGAGACAGAAGGCUGGCACAGGAGAGCUUCGAUGGAACAUACACACAAACUGGAAAACUCCAGGAUUUUGUUCACCAGUCACCUCAGAAACAACAAAUAUCUUAACCACAGUAGAUAACACCUUUUAUAACCCAAACUUCAGGCAGCAGGAUAUGGCGAGAGAUGAUUGGAAAAACAAGCAGAAGAAAAAAAAAUUGAAUUAUCAAAGGCAAACAGAAGAGAAGUGGAUGAGCAUAACUACUUGCUCUACACAGACUCCAAAGAAGAAAAUAUGCUUUACUUCUGUGUAUACAAGUGGCUUUUUCAUAUCAGCUGACAUCAAAGAUGAGAGAAAGGUUUUACAGCAUCUUUGCUCAGGAAGUGACUCUUUGAUAAAGACAUCAGCUUCUAGCAAGGGAGCAGAGCCAACAGUCGUGGGAUGGGACAGAGGGAGAAGUCUGUGCACCCUCAAGGAUGCUUCACCAACAGUGCAGGACACGCUGCAGCAUCCUCAGAGCUCGACAGACAGCCCCACUUAUCUUUGCCAUUCUUUUGGCACUUUUUAUUGCCACACUCUCACCGCUCACUGUAAAGAAUUCCCAGUGCUCCCCCACAAUAACAGGACCUGCUCCUCUGGCAGUUUAACAGUGUCAGGCACAAAGGGCACCUUCCCCUCCCUCAGUGCUGAGCCCCGACUAACCUGGUGCUGCUUAAGCAGGAGCCUCCCCCUGCCCACGGAGCAGAAGGGGAAUGCAGACUCUGCCUACUCCUCCCUGCACUCCUGUGACAGGGGAUCCAGCAGGGAAUGCAGCCUGUCCAAAUACGACAUCUCUAUCUUCAAAAUGAAAAAUAUUAACAAGACUGUGGCAUAUGGCUUAACAAACACAAGUUUAAAAACGCUGGUUUCAUCUUUUUCUAAAGGACAACAGAUGCAGGAGUUAAGCUCAGUAGCUCCUGGUGGUGCUUUCAAAAAUAUUUCAGAACAAAAGAAGAAAACUGUAGUUUGCAGAAAGGAAAAACCCUCAACAAAUAAACUCAAGAGGAGCCACAAACAGAAAAAGAUUAAAGUCACCCCCAAAUGGUACAGAGGGAGGCAUAUCCAUGGAUAUUCCCAGUUGAAAGUGAACCGGCUGAGCAAGAGGCCCUGUUUUCCCAACAGAGCACUGGAUGCUUUGAGAAAGGGCUGUUCAUCACAGCCCCCCAAAUUCAAUAAGCAUAAGAAGUGCCAUUCUCCUCAGCUGAAGGUGCAAGAGAGUUACCUACACCAGCAAAAUUCCACCUCAGAUAAACCACUUUGCAGAAGGAAAAAAGAAGGAAAGAAUAACUCAGGAAUAUCUUCCCAUACUGAAAACCUAAACCAUGUUAAACAAAGAGACAAAACGGAUAAAAAAGACAUUUCUGGGCAAAUCAGGGAACACACGGGAACAAACGUCUGUGUCCAGAACAUCACGGCUCCCCUGGGAAUAGCUGUGACAGCUCAUUCCUUUCCCUCCCCAGCUCCCACAUCCAUGCAGCAGGUCAGCAGGGAUGUGGCCAUUUGCUGCUGGGUGACACAGCCCCUCGUGCUCCAGCCAUCCGGGCCAGGGCAUUCCCGGCCAAGCCUCCGGAGUGACUCAACGGCAGCUUCCUUUGGGUCUCGCCCUUCUGAUUUUACAAACACAGGCACAGGUGACCAACCCAGCAGCACAGACCCAGAGGCUCCUGGUCCUCUUUCCUUACAUCUGGAGACAAGCCAGGAAAACACACUGAGUGCAGAGUCAGAGAAGCAAAUAUCUGGUACAUUAGACCCGGUGAUCCGGGCCUCGGGAAGGGAGAAAACUCCAGCUGAAGAAGACACAAAUUCACCUCCCAAAGAACACCCAACUCCCAGUUCCCAGCCUGGAUGUUCACAUUUAUUUGGAUCAAAAGCAGAGUCUCUUCCUGAAUCAGUCACAAGGGCUCAGUUACCCAGCAGAGAAUACACAGAGAGGGCAAACGUGUCUCAAAAUCUCCUGGACCUCCACGGAAGCAGAGACAGGAACGGAUCCCACCUGCAGCCCAAUCCCUAUGGAAGGCCACAUGGAACAGCUACUACUACCUUUAAAAAGCCCCCAAUUUCUCUCAGAUCCCCUGAGUUCAAGAGUUACUCUGCAGCACUUUCCAAGACAUACAAAAAGAGAGGUUUAGAGAUGAUGAGGAAGCAAACGCGAGUGGAGUACGAUGACACGAGCAGUGAUGAUGAGGACAGGCUGGUUAUAGAGAUAUAGCAGACAGGCUGCUCACACAGGGACAGGAGGAAAUGCCAGGGAUGUCUGAUCCAUAUUUCUGAAACACCUAAACAUCAGCAAAGCCAUUCCUCUGUGCAAGAGGCAGAAUUCUCUUUGGAAAAGCCCUUUCUUUCAAGGACUAGAACUUUUUUUAAAGAAGCUUAUUUGAGGCAUCACACAUUUAAAUGCAAGAGGUAAACCUGUGUUUCUGACGGGUUUCCAGCAUUGUUAUGUUCUUGUCACCCUCACAGAUUUCCCACAAGUGCUGGCUGCCAGUGGGUGUGUUACUCAAAGCCUGCAGUGUAUUUGGUUACUUUUAACAAUACAACAGCAGCAGCUUCCUCCGUGUACGAGCUGGGAUUUCCUGGAAGGCUAUAGAUGUGUCCUCUUCCAUACACUCCUCUUUUCUUGUAGUCACUGCCAUCUGCACUGGGAGUGACACACUGGCAUUAAGGGGAAGAUCUGCUCCCUAAGUAUCUGUGAUAUUGGAAGAGUGUGGAAAAAUGCUGACCUUUUUCCAUGUUGCACAAAUGUCAAUGCUUCUGUGUGAGAAAUGACACAAGCAUGCUUUGCUUUGUGUUUCGUGCCUUUUAUGCCAAGAUCUACUCAAAUAUUCUUGAUUUCUAGGUGGAGAAUAUGGGUGUUAGCUAUUGAUAUUUCCUUGUGGUAAAAUUUCUGACAAGGAUUUUCUCAUUGUAUUUGUCACAUUGUGCUCCAAACGAUGUCAUCUGGAAUGUUUUGUUUUUAUUGUAACUUUAACUGCUCUUUUAUUGAGGGUAAAGAAGCUAUAUGGCAUAGCUGGUUUUCUUUUUUUAACAAAAAGUUUUGUGCUACAAACCCUAAAAUUUACUGGUUUCCAUGUGAAUAAAUAAUUAGAUAUUUCAACUUGA